AUGCGCUGCCUACUUUUAGCAUUCGGCAUUUUCGUCGCGCUUCUUUCGUUCGCCUUCGCGGCGCAGGUUUGUGUCAUAGAUACACGCAAUUGUUGGCGACAGAAGAACGUUUGCGCUCGCUUCGGCCAAUCGAACUUGUGUCAGAGUUUCUCUAACUACUGUGAUAUGCAAUCCGCCAAUUGUCAGCAGACAGCGCAAUACACCAAAGUAAAUGCGUCCCUCUGCAGCCAAUUGACUAGCGGCGUAAGAGGUUUUUGCCUUGGGAAAAGCGGUAGUAGCGGUGGUUACAGCGGUUACGGCAGUAGCGCCAAUGUACAGCCGAUUGUUAUUAGAGGUUAA